AAGGAUGCCUUCUUAUAAUUAGUGCGGCGAAGUGGGUAAUCGGUUUAAAAGAUUUCGUGAUGUAAUUGGGUUGGAAGUUUGUUGUGGUGCUGUUUUCAUCCUCACUCACCAGUGACGUCACAGUGGACAUUCUUCCGUCCCCCACUUGGCAACGCCGCCUGCGGAGGAAAACCACCUGCGCCGGAGCAGGAGCCUCGCUCGGCGUUCAGUCGCAUUCGAAGCCUCUUGGAGUUCGGUUGUACGAAGGCAACCCGCGAACGAUCGUGAGUCACAGGAAAAGUGCAGUUUGGACAAAGAACGUCGCUUUUCAGUGUGACAGUGCCCCUCCAGACCAUGCCCCAGGUUGCGUAACGGCCGACAGAAUGUGCGCUUCGCUUCUCAUCGCCCUCGGGCACGUGCUGCUGGUGUCGGCCUCCGCGGUGCCGGAGGACUGGGUCUCGGGCUCGCCCUUUUCCCAUUUUACCAACGACGACAGCAGGGCCGACACCUUCACCUCGGCCUACCUGAACGUGUCGCGGAUGACGGACGAGGGCUGGGUGUGGGACAAGACGGAGGUGGGUCGCUACGGGGGCGGCUACGUGGGGCCGGCGUACGGGCUUUUGGUGCACGUCAGCGCCAAGGGCCAUCCCGACGACCACACGGGCUGCACGUUGCCGCUGCAAAGUAGUCGCGCCGACCGCCGCCUGCCGCCCCCGGGGGAGCCGUGGAUCGCGUUGGUCAAGCGGGGACGGUGCAACUUCGAGGUGAAGGUGGAGAAUGCGUUCAGGAGCAACGCCGCCGGCGUGCUGGUCUACAACGACAGGGAUUCUUCGACUCUGGACAAGAUGAAGCUGUCCAGCGAUUCCGGACGCAACAUCAGUGCGGUGUUCACCUACAAGUGGAAGGGAGAAGACUUGGCCAGGUUGGCCGAAAACAAUUCCAAAGUUUACGUUCAUAUCACUAUUGCGAGUCAGACGUCGUCGAGGACGGCCAAUAUUAACAGGACCUCGGUGCUGUUUGUUUCCAUCACGUUCAUUGUCCUGAUGAUUAUUUCGUUGGCCUGGUUGGUGUUCUACUACGUGCAGAGGUUCAGGUACAUCCACGCGAAGGACCGGCUUUCGCGGAGGCUCGGAAACGCCGCAAAGAAAGCCCUCUCUAAAAUCCCGACCAAAAACAUCAAAUCCGAGGACAAAGAAGUUCAAGGAGACGGCGAAUGCUGCGCCAUUUGCAUUGAACCGUACAAAAUAUGUGAUGUUUUACGCAUACUACCUUGCGGGCACGAGUUCCACAAGAGCUGCAUCGACCCUUGGUUACUCGAACACCGCACAUGUCCCAUGUGCAAGAUGGACAUCUUGAAGCAUUAUGGAUUUGUGUUCUCGGGCAGCCAAGAAAGCAUCCUGCAGAUGGAAGUAGAAGAAAUCGUAGUUUUAGAGUCAGCGGAGAGUCGUUCAACUAGUCCGAGACGAGGCGGAGGGAUCAGUCCAUUGCCUGAGAUACGGGCCGUCGUCAUCGGCGACCGUCAGAGACUGUUCGAGAGUUCAGCCGACGACGAGAGCAGCCGCGCUUCCACCCCCGACGAGAUGACGCCCAGUCUCUCCCAAAACCGCCAGUUCCCCGUCAGACAAGACCUUUGCGUUAGUUGUAUAGCGGCCAAAGCCGCCGCAGCCUUAUCCAGCAACCAAAGCAAUAGCAAAGAAGCUUCCACUUCCGACGAGGAGAACGACUCAUCGCAGGUGCUUUCGAUAGACAGCUCGAUGCAAGUGCGCGACGAGAAAUGAACUCGUUUUUAUAAAACCGCGGUAGUGAGCAGCAAUAGUCGUUUGAACUGCCGAAACUUUGUGAUAUUACUUGUUUAGUUAUAAGUUUUUAUUUGUCCAUUACGAAUAAAGGGUGCUUUCCCGUACUAACAAUCGGAACCGCGGCCGAGAUCUCUGCGACAUGUUGUAGAUGUCGCACUUGCCGCGGUUCCCACUAUUCCACUUUCCAAAGGAUUCAACUCUGGCGAAGUCUUGUAUGAAGCGACGUGCUUAAUUUCAUUUGUACAAAGUUGAAGCUACGACUGAAUUACUCGUUACGUUCUUAAUCUGUAAUCGUACCAAUUUAAUCGCUUCCAGAUGUCUCGACAACAUUUGUACGGGUUUUUGAGGUUAGGAGGCGGGGUUUGGCCGCGUCGAGGCGGAGUUUAGAUGACGCACGAGUACAAAUGUUUUCUAUUUAUAAUAUCCCAACGAAUCUUACUCUAGUGAAACAAAUCUUAAUAAUGUUGUGCCUUGUAGAUAUCUACUUGUGAUGAUCAGAUGUCCCACACUGAGGGUGUGCGAGCGGAUAUUUUAUAUAACGGUGCGUCACCUGUUUUUAUAUUAUUUAUCUGUGAUUGUCGUUGUUUGAUGGGGCAUCUUAAGUUUUGACUUAAUUUGAAUUUGUACAAACUUACGGCAUGUACUUCAUAUGUUAAUUUCGAGUUGUUUUUGCUUGUACAUAUUAUGCUAAAACUGAAAUUGACUGAAUUAAAUAAUAGACAAGUA